GAACCUGAAAUAUGAUAUUACACUAUAAGCAUGGAUUUACAUGCAAAUAUUGGCAAAUGGUUUCGUGGUCUGGUAGAGGCUGACGGAAGCAGACGAGCAGACAAACAGACAGACAAUCUAGAAAUAGGGAGGAGGAUGAGGGGCGCGAGAUAAUAACCUAGAUGUGUUGGAGACGGCACGAGACGGGAUAGAGAGAUAAACACGGAAAAGACAGACGGAUCGACAGAUACACCAAUAAAACUAUGUCGGCUUACAACAACUUUGUGGUUAGCCGAGCACGGCAGUGAGCUCUGUAUAUAUCUACGAGAGACUAGGUAUACAACACUGAAAGUAUUUCGUACGUUGAGGGGAUCCAAGGUAUACAUACCACGUAGACAGAUUCACCACAUCCACGCCAUAGUUUGAACAAAAAUCGUCUGCUGAAAUGAUCCCUGUUUCGAUAGAACGGAGAACCUAUAUCUUCUGUACGGAUACCGACGAUAUAUACGGACACUAACGACGUAAUUUUGAAUUUGUGUUAAGUCCGUUUUACUAUUACCGUUGAGACGUACACAUAUUUUAUUGAGGGGGUGAGUUUUUGGAGAGGUUUUUCCCCCAUUUACUCGAUGUAUUUACGAGGAGUAUUAGCGCUCUACUAUAAACCACACUGGUGACCCAGGUAUAUAUACAGCUAACAACGACUUACGGCGGGCGUAUUUAGACAGUGCGAUUACAGAUAGAUAGACAGAGACCAUGGCAUUUCGCUUACCAGACAACGCUCCGGACAGGAGAGGGACAUUCUGUGGACACACUUGACCAGUAAUUGGCCGGACUGACCACUCCGAACAUGCAGCGGACUGCCGUUAUCCUCCUCUUUCCUCUUCUGUCUGUCUUGUUUUCACAUAUCGGAGUUUACAGUAAGAAGAGAGCGGAAAUAUCGGAGGGCAAGCCACACAACUUAAUUGAUGCAGGAAUGAAUUCCUCACGAACUACGUCAUUAGUUUCGUUAGAGAAGAGUGGUAAAAACAAUCAGUUAUUAUGUCGAUACUAUUCUAAGUGGUCAAAAUGGUCGAGCUGCAACAGACAUUGUGAACAGAGUCGCGUGCGGCGGUGUAAAAACCGCAAAUACUGUGGCACGAGCUUCCUUAAGGAAAAGCGACAUUGUCGGAAACAGAGAGGCGUGUGUUCGUCACUCUCUUAUAAAGUUAUAGGAUUCAGGAGAAAUAGACUCAUGGAAAAGAUUCUUUAUGAUCUUCUCUACGACGAGUGGUCACUAUGGGGACGCUGCAAGCGGACGUGCCGGAAACGGCGUUUCCGCAUGUGCAAGGAACCAAGGAUCUGUGGGAACAGUUACAUACAACAGGAAAGAGACUGCAAACUUCCCGGAACACUUUGUGAGAAAAAAUAUACGUUAAGAAGCGACGAAGAAAAUGAUUCCGUUAUUAAACAAGUAGAAGCGCCAGGACCUUUAGGCAAAGAAGGUACUCAUGAUGUGGCCGCCCCUACUCUCACAGAAAUCAGCAAUGUUUGCGGAGAAAGGAAAAUGGCGGGAUCCUUCAGAAUUGUCGGUGGUCAAGAAGCACGUCCAAAUAGUUGGCCAUGGCAGGUCGCUAUUUUGACACGGUGGAAGGAGCAGUAUUGCGGUGGAACCCUUAUUGCCCCUAACUGGGUAUUAACGGCCGCCCAUUGUAUCCGGAAACGUUCCAAGAGACGGAAAGUCAUUGUGCGUAUUGGGGAACACGAUAUUCAAGCGUACGAUACGACGGAAGUGGAUUUACGGGUGGAAAAGGAUUUCCCCCACCACAAUUUUGACUAUGAAACAAUUACAAAUGAUAUUGCAUUACUGAAACUCAAAGAGAAAAAAUCUUAUCGAGAAAGUGACAACGUCGUUAAGGGUUACGCAUGCCUAGCUCCGGAAGAUUACGAAGUCCCUGACGGAACUAUGUGUAUGACAGUUGGAUGGGGCAAGGAACGGAAUACAGAUGUAACCGGAAGUGACGUUUUACAGGAGGCACAGGUGCCAAUAGUUAAUAAAAGGAAAUGUCGAAAGGCGUUUGACUACAAAAUUACGGAUAAACAAAUUUGUGCGGGGUACAAGAAGGGAGGUGUAGAUUCUUGUGCCGGUGAUAGUGGUGGACCCUUAUUGUGCCCCAGGAAUGAUAACGGCACAAUGCGCUGGUUUGUUUAUGGAGUCACUAGUUAUGGUGAGGGAUGCGGACAAAAAGGAAAAUUUGGAAUUUAUACAAAAGUCACAAAUUACUUGAAAUGGAUUAACAGAAUUGUGAGAAAUAACCCGUAAUGGAUCGUGACUGGUGAAAUAUACCAAUCGGGACAUCUCGGCCAAUUCCGGCAUACUUCGUUACCCAAUCAGAUUCCAACUUACUCUAGCUGUGAUUUGACGAGAUGUUGUUUUUGGUAAUAAGUUUCAGUAUAAAAUUAUAUAUUUUUGUUAUACUUUGGUUAUGUUCAUUGAUGUAUUUUAACAGAUUUUGUUAAUGUUUAUUUGUAUAUAUAUCCGUAUGUGUAAGACAAUCGUACGUGUAACUUAUUCACCUUUAACCUUUAAUACAACAAAUAUUCUUAUUCUAUUAUUGUACAAAAUGUAUGGUCACAAAUGUAUAUAAUGACGUCGUAAAGUAGGCCUUCAUUCCAUUGAAAAGGGAUACUGUGAAAUCACAAGUUUUCGUAGGGUUUUAAAUUUCGUUGGUUAAUUCCGUGGGUACUCUUUAUCCAUUAAAUGUAUUUUUGUAUAAAUGUCCGUAUAUUCAAGACACUAAGUAUUUAGAGGUUUGACAUGAAGUUAUUUUCCGUAUACAUUGUAUACUGCUACCUUUCUUGGGUAUUAGUAUUUAAUGUACCCACGAAAUGGCCGUUUUUUGGGAAACCACGAAAUUUGGGCCCCCAGGAAAAUAUCCGAUUUCACAGUAGUUGAAAAAAAUGUUUGUGCUAGGGGUUUUAUCAAAACAAAAACAAAAGCUAUGGAGGAUUAUCAUGAAUUACUCUAGGUAACUAAAUUUUAGAGUCAAAUAUAUUUAAGGGAUAUUUGAACACUUUUUUUUUCGGGAGGAUAUUAAAUCGCACACAGAUUUUCAAAAGCCAGUAUUUGCCCUUUUAGCCCCCUGUGAAUAGUAACGACAUCUUUGGGUUCACUAUCGUCUCAAUCUUUUCAAAAAUAGAAUUAUCUCAUGAAACGCAUAAUAUGCAAGUGCGUUACAUUAUAAUAAAUUUGAAUAUAUAUGAUUUUUUAUGACAAUUGAAUGACUUUGGACAUGAGUCCAUAGGAUGCUAGUUCACAUUCAUAUCGAUAUAUCGCCAAACCUUUUUAUAACCCUUUUUGACUGGAUUUUGCAUGACAAGUUUUGGCCGUAUAACGAGGUUUAACUGUUUGUCAUACAAAUCACCGGUACCUUCAUAAUUCUAAUUCUUCAUAAUUCAAUAACGCCUUUUAUAUCGUUCAUCGCUACAGAAAAGGAUAUAGUUGGUUAAACACAAGACUUUGUAUAUACAAUAAUAAUAUCAGACAUUUUUAUUUUUAUUUUACGAUAAAACCUCGUUAUAAUGACAUUAUUUCCCCCAAAUAUAUUUUGACAUUAUAAAGGGGUUUGGCAAUAUAUAGGAAAAGACGUAUAAAGAAGUUGUUAAAGAAAAAAUGGAAACUUGAUAAAAGUUGGUGUGAACCGAAAUGUAAAAUAUAACGAAAGGCACUAUAUCGAGGAGUUAUAUAGUGCAUUGUAAACGACAUAAAUGCAUUGUAUCAUAAAAUUACAACUUGAAAAGAUAUACGAAAGGGAUGACAGAUAUGAAAUAUGAAAUAGAUAACAAAAGGACAAAUAUUAUACAAUCAUUAUCCAUGUUCACAAACAUGCUAAACAGUGCACUUAAAUGUUUCAUGUACUCUGUAUGGGUUGCAAGCAACAGUAAAAACCGAUACAGUCCGUACAAAGGUCAACAUAGAUUAGAUAUCAAAAUCCGGAGAGUACAUUUUAUCUGAAUCUGGCAUCUGAUAAUACUAAUGUAUGGCGGAAACUUUUGUUGUGGUCGGUUCAGGGCGUAAUUAUUGUCUAGGUAUUUCACUGGAAUGUUGAUAUACACUGUUCACUGACCUUCCAUCCGGCCAUACAAAGUUUAUUACACGAAACAUAUGUGUGUUUGUACAAGUACAUUUCAGUAUAUCCUGUCUGAGAUCACACAGGGGCCCGAUAAUCAAAGAAACGUGAUUUUUUGGACAUCUCCGGAUGUGCAAGGAGUGUUAUUAGGUGUUGUUGGAGUUAACAUCAACAGUCGGAAUGAUUCAACAAUAACACUCACUGUACUUACAGAUAUUUUUUCGCAUGCCCCUGUGUAUGAUGGUUCCAAUGUUCCUUUGAAUGGUGAUUCCCAUGCCCCUGUAUGGUGGUUCUCAUGUCCCUGUGAAUGAUGCUUCUCAUGUCCCUAUCGUUCAAUUUGAGAUACAUUAAGUACAGUGUACGUAAUUACUCUGUCUGUUCACUGUGACCUUUUAUCAAAUGCCGUAAAUAUGGUGGCUCAUAUAUCACAUUUCCACUUUCCAAUCGACAAAGCGAAACACCAACAAGUAGAAUUAAAGCUCUGCCAAAGCGAAAAAAAGCAAAAGCAAAGAAAAAAGUGACGUCUUCUCUCCCCUCCUCAUAGCAUCAUAACAUUAUAGAAUAGACGCUUUUUGGUCAUUUGGUAAUUUCGUUUUGGCAGGUUUUAAUAUUUUCUUUUUUUGCGUUGACGCCUUUUCGUAUUUUUGUCAUUUCCCUUUGCUGCCUGGCAUCUUUGCGCCGGCGACAAAGCAAGCAUACGAAAUGUCUUAUAUAAAUCCUAUACUCUAUACUGUGAACUUGCAAACUUUCGUUCAUCGCUGGUAAAAUCCUUACUCGCCAAGUAGUACAUGUUAUUUCGUCUUUCACAUUUAGUUUUUUUUGUUAAUUAUUUUGUUUCCAUGUGUUCAUUGUAAUGAUGAAUUCGCCCUCGUUACAAAGGGCAGAAAGGCGAAAAUUAAACUGCAGCGAAAAUUCCCCGGUAUGCAGUAGCUUUUGCGAGCAAUGUUUUUACGAUUAUUGAUGUGAUUCAAACGAACUACUCGCAUGAGUUUCAGUUCGCAGCUUACAAACUGAUAUUGUUUGUCAAAAUGUGUCGGGACAAAUUAUCAGAGAUUUUUAAAUGCGCGACCAAAUCUUCCGCACAGGAAACCGCGGAAAUAUAUUUCUCGCAAAACAAAUAUAAUAUACAGAAACUCGAAUCAUGUUUGGCAAAAUAUACGCCAAACAGUGUGGUUUGUUUAAUUAAGAUGGCUUUGAUUACCUUUCAAAAUCAGCCAUUGUUUAUCUGAUGUCUACACUCGUGGUUCGUUCGGAACGUCAGAUAUUGGGUUUUACUGUGGAACAGGCCGGCACUUAAAAAGCUAGGGGUCUAUGACCUUAUAAAUGUGCACACAAAUCAUGUCAGCGCAAUGAUGACAGAAAUGUGACGAAAAGGUCACUGAAAUAACAAUAUAAAUACAUGUAUGUGUAUUUAAACAAACUAUUAAACAUCAGCUGCAUAACUAACAAAAUACUUUGCAGUAAAAUUUUGAUUUUUCACUCUUUAAAAAAACCGUCGUAUACUGUAUGUGCAAGUGUCAAUUACAAAUUAUCGUAAUUAUUAUUUAGAAUUUGUUGUCCCGUGAAUUAUCCAAACUAUGAAUCCAAACAAUAUUUGUAAGUUUUAAUAGGGCAACUUUAUAUUGUAUCAAUAUAUCGUUAUAUACAUCUCGAACCAUUGUUUCGUAUUUGGUUAUUCGUUGUACAUGUAUUCAUUUACGUCAUGCAUGCAAAUAAAUACAUUCAAGAUUUUUAAAGUUAUAUGAACCGCCAUCGAUAUUUAAAAAAAACACCGAUCAUCUACAUAUUUAGAGAUCCCACGGUAAACAGAAAGUUGAUCAUUUACUUUAUAUUUGUCUCCAUGCUGUCAAGUGGUACAAUAUUCUGUAUUUUUGCAUAAAGCGACGCAAUCACAUCAGUGAAACCUCGUUAUACUGCCAUCAUUUUUCAGCAUUUGUUUUGGCGUUAUAAAGAGGGUUUAGCGAUAUUAUAAUAAACAAUAUAGCCAGUGAAAUGUGGGACGUUAUAUCGCGGUUUGACUGUGUUUGGUCAGUAUAAUAAUAUUGGUGAAUAUAGGUGAUAAGCACACAAUAAGAUUAACAAUAUAAUGCACGAGCUUCGAACUCGAAAUAUUUAGCUAGUAAGCAGAAUGUCUUACUGAAAUGUUAUUACAGAUCUGUCAAACAGACAAAAACUGAGCAUUUUCGACGGGUUUUUUUUAUCACUGUUCUAUUUUUCUUGACAUGCAAGUACCAUGUCAUAUUAAAUAAAGUAAAACCUCAAUUCUCGUUUAUCACAGCACAGUUACUCUUCGAUAUUAUGGCCCUCAUUUCAUUUACCGCCAAAGGAUUUGAAUGUCUAUUCUCCUUUUGUUUUUCAUGAUGCUUUUAAACAUCUCCUUCAUUAUAUCAAAACACCCCUUUAUAACGUCCAAUGCUGCCGAGCUAAUGAUGGCAGUAUAACGAGGUUUUACCGUGUUAUACUUUUUUUCCAUAUUUUAUGUCCAUCAUCCGUAAUUUCAUGUUAUCGUGAAUAAAGUCAAGCUUGAUAUGCGCACACCUUUUUAGAGUUAAAUCUUACGAUGUUAUAUAAAAAAAAAUAUGUGACGCUACUUGACUUUUAUCAGGUCGUGAUAUAAGUAUAAACGGUUUUAUUUCAUGUUUUGAUGACUUUUUAAUAAGCCAAUCAGUUUACCAAUAUUUUAUUCUAAGUCAUACUGAUGAAUUUGACCUCAUGCCAAUAAUUUUAGAUUGCGAAAGAAAAGAUUUGUAUUUAACAUUUUGAGAAAACUUUGAAAGAAGAUCGCGUUUCAGUAAAGGUAGCAUACGCCCUUAAGUUGUAUAGUACGUGUAGUACUGUGAUAUAGUUCUGUGGUUUUCGAGUUUACCCACUUUAAUUCUAUGUUAGGAUAAGGUCACUACGGGUCGUGUUUAACACAUUGAUUGGUGAUACGAUACAUUGAGAUUUUUAUGUUAUUACUGUAAAAUUAUGUGUAAAUAUUGUGUAUUUACAGUUA